AUGACUUGGUCCGUAAGCAGUUGUUUCAUCACUCUGGUCGUUUUGUUCCUUUGGCGGAUCGAAGACAUUGCAGAAGCUUGCAAAUGCGCUCCUGUGCAUCUUCAACAGGCGUUUUGCAGCGCAGACGUCGUGAUCAGGGCAAAGGUGGUUGGAGUGGAAGUUGUGUCUGGUAACACCAAGUAUGAUGUCCAACAGAUCAAGAUGUUCAAAGGUCCUGACCGGGUUAUCCACGCCGUCUUCACUUCAGCGCCAUGUGGUGUGACCCUGGAAAUCAACAAGGAGUAUCUCUUCACGGGCAGGCUGAGUACUGAUGGCAGAAUUUAUUUAGUCAUGUGUGACUUUAUUCAGUUUUGGGAGGACUUGAAUGGCACACAAAAGAAGAGCUUGACUAAACGCUACCAAAGCGGCUGCGAUUGCACGAUCAUCCGCUGCUCUUCCCUCCCCUGUCCCGUCAGUGCCCCAGAUGAGUGCCUUUGGACAGACUGGUUGUUGGCCGAUGGCCAAAACGGACCCCAGGCCAAGUACUCUGCCUGUCUCAAGGGGCGUGAUGGGUCCUGUUCCUGGUCCAGGGGGAUGGCUCCAUCCAAGAAGUAGUUCCUGGAUAUUGACGACCCCUAAACUCUACAGGCCUUCCACUCACUGCUCAGGGGCUAAAUAUGCCUGCAAUUUAAAAGCUGGUCACUUCUUGUGCAAUAAAAAUAAACUACUCUUCAAAUAUAGUGCUCCAAGUAUUCAUUUCUUGUGCCAUUCAUCUGUUUUUAAACUGGAACCAAAGGUGUUAUUGAAAAUCAAGUGUGAUCUCAGUGUUGUGUUUCUGACUAGAACAUUUUUCCUGAAAUACCAUCCUAAAGCCUGGGGCAUGUUCAGCUGGGCACAAUAUUGUAGAAUGAAUGUUAUAUACAUAGUCUUCCUUGACAAAGAUAUGCAGGUGUGGUUCCCUUCUGCACGUUGAAUGCAUUUUAAUGAAAUUGCUGAGAACACUCAUACU